AUGUCCGAGUCACCGGAUCAGAUGGGAAUCACCCCGUUCGAUCAGUUAACUGUUCUCAACGGUUAUUCGUGUUUAACACGACAAGCCGGUCAUCUCGUCGAUAGGAACCAGUUCUCAAACCGCCACUUCACUAUAGGAAAAGUAGAAGUCCUAAUCUACGUAGACGAUGUGAUUUUGGUUGGAAAUGAUGCCAACAAAAUAAGCGAGACAAAGUCCUUCUUGAAUAAACGAUUUAGCAUCAAAGACCUUAGAAAUCUCAAAUAUUUUUUGGGAAUCGAAGUUGCUCGAACAGAAGAAGGCAUGGUUCUCAGCCAAAGAAAGUACACUCUUGACAUUCUUGAAGACGCAGGAAUGCUUGGUUGUCACCCCAGUCCUAUGCCCAUGGAACAAAAUCUGAAGCUGGGCAUAGGGGAAGAAGAAGACCGUGUUGAUGCCAAUCAUUAUCGUCGGCUCAUUGGAAGACUGUUUUAUCUCCAAGCCACACGUCCCGACGUUGCAUACUCUGUCAGUAUUCUAAGUCAAUUCGUGGCUAACCCUCGUCAAACCCAUCUUGAUGCUGCUUUAAGAGUCCUUAGAUAUUUAAAAGCCACAACCGGUCAAGGGAUUUUACUUCCCAAGAAAGGGGGAAGCAACCUUGUUGCGUACACAGAUUCCGAUUGGCUUGGUUGUCCUAUCACUAGAAGAUCAAGGACCGAAUAUCUACUUCUCCUUGGAGGCGCCCCCGUAUCUUGGAAAUCCAAAAAGCAAUCUGUCGUAUCACAGUCAUCCGCGGAAGCUGAGUAUAGAGCCAUGGCCACAACUGUUAGUGAAAUCCUUUGGAUGAGGUGGCUCCUCAAGGAUCAAGAAAAUAAUAUACCAAUAGUUUUUUUUACAUACUGUAAUUUGGUCGUAUUCUGUUGUUGUUGGGUGAUGUACAACUCAAUUGGCCAAAUUGUUGAUGGUCUGGCUCAAUGA